AUGCCAUUACGUUUGGAUGUAAAAAGAAAAUUAUCUGUUCGGUCUGAUCGUGUUAAAUGUGUUGAUACACAUCCAAAUGAACCAUGGAUACUAGUAACACUUUAUAAUGGACAUGCACACAUUUAUAAUCAUGAUACACAGCAAUUAAUUAAAACAUUUGAAAUUUGCGAUGUUCCUGUACGUGCUGGAAAAUUUGUCGUUAGAAAAAAUUGGGCUAUUACAGCAUCAGAUGAUAUGUUAGUACGUGUGUAUAAUUAUAAUACGUUAGAACGUUUACAUCAAUUUGAAGCGCACAGUGAUUAUAUCCGUUCGAUUGUUGUACAUCCAACACAACCAUACAUUUUAACCAGUAGUGAUGAUAUGACAAUUAAAUUAUGGGAUUGGGAUGCUAAAUGGGCAUUAAAACAAACGUUUGAAGGACAUAUUCAUUAUGUUAUGCAAAUAUCUAUUAAUCCAAAAGAUAAUAAUACAUUUGCAUCAGCAUCACUCGAUAGAACAGUUAAAGUGUGGCAGUUAGGGUCUACACAACCAAAUUUUACAUUAGAAGGUCAUGAGAAAGGUGUGAAUUGUGUUGAUUAUUAUUCUGGUGGUGAUAAGCCGUAUCUUGUUUCUGGCGGUGAUGAUCGUCUUGUUAAAAUAUGGGAUUAUCAAAAUAAAACAUGUGUACAAACAUUAGAAGGUCAUUCACAAAAUGUUGGUUGUGUAUCAUUCCAUCCCGAAUUACCAAUCAUUUUAUCUGGAUCAGAAGAUGGCACUGUUAAAUUAUGGCAUUCUAACACCUAUCGUUUAGAAUCAACAUUGAAUUAUGGUUUAGAACGUUGUUGGACAAUAUCGUGUUUGAAAGGUUCAAAUAAUGUUGCAUUAGGCUAUGAUGAAGGAACAAUGAUGAUUAAACUCGGUCGUGAAGAGCCAGCAAUGUCCAUGGAUUCAUCAACUGGCAAAAUUGUUUGGGCUAAACAUUGUGAAAUGCAACAAGUAAAUUUAAAACAAUUGGGUAGUGAACAACAAUUAAAAGAUGGUGAAAAAGUGCCAUUGAGUGUGAAAGAAAUGGGUAGUUGUGAAAUAUAUCCACAAACGUUAUCUCAUUCACCAAAUGGACGAUUUGUUGUUGUUUGUGGUGAUGGAGAAUAUAUUAUUUACACAGCAAUAACAUUGCGAAAUAAGAGUUAUGGAAACGCCAUGGAAUUUGUUUGGUCACAUGAUUCGUCUGAAUAUGCUGUACGAGAUGGAAAUAUGGUGAAAAUAUUCAAAAAUUUUAAAGAGAAAAAAAGUUUUAAACCAGAAAGUGGUGCCGAAGGUAUAUUUGGUGGAUCGCUACUUGGUGUUAAAUCAUAUUCGGGUUUAUCAUUUUACGAUUGGGAAACAACAAAUUUAAUACGACGAAUUGAAAUUGUUCCUAAAAUGAUAUAUUGGUCUCAAAAUGGUGAAUUAGUGUGUAUAGCUACCGAAGACUCGUAUUAUGUUUUACGUUAUAAUCCACAAGCGGUGACAGCUGCGGCAACAAACAAAGAUCUAAUGUCAGAUGAUGGUGUAGAAGAUGCGUUUGAUGCAUUAAGUGAAAUACAAGAAAUUGUUAAAACUGGAAUGUGGAUUGGAGAUUGUUUUAUUUACACAAAUUCCUUAAAUCGUAUUAAUUACUAUGUUGGAGGAGAAAUUGUGACAAUUUCGCAUUUAGAUAGAGUCAUGUAUUUAUUAGGAUACGUAUCGAAUGAAAAUCGUUUAUAUAUGGGUGAUAAAGAAAUGGCUAUUGUUUCGUUUGAAUUAUCGUUGGCCGUACUUGAAUAUCAAACAGCUGUGAUGCGAAAAGAUUUUGAAACAGCUGAUCAAGUCUUACCCACUGUGCCAAAAGAACAACGAACACGUGUAGCACAUUUCUUAGAAAAACAGGGUUACCGUCAACAAGCAUUGGCUGUUACAAUGGACAAUGAACAUAAAUUUGAUUUAGCAUUACAUUUGGGUAAUUUACAAAUAUGUUAUGAAUUGGCAUUAGAAAUGGAAAAUGAACAAAAAUGGAUGCAAUUAGCUGAUGUAGCAACAAAACGUUGUAAUUUUCAGUUAGUACAAGAAUGUUUAAACCGUGCACAAGCCUAUGGUUCGCUUAUUUUGCUGGCCAGUGCUAGUAGUGAUAAACAAUUGAUGGCGACAAUUGGCGAACAAUCGCAAAAAAAUGGUCAAUUUAAUAUGUCAUUUUUAGCCAGUUUUGUUUUGGGUAAUUUAGAUAAAUGUUUACAAAUUUUAAUUGAUAAUAAUCGCUUGCCUGAAGCGGCCUUUUUCUCACGAACAUAUUUACCGUCGAAAAUUGGUAUGAUUGUACAAUUAUGGCGUGAAAAACUAAAACAAUCAAAUAUGGAACGUUCAGCACAAGCACUGGCGAAUCCAACAGAUUAUGAAAAUUUAUUCCCAGGUUUAGUUGAUACAUAUAAAACAGAACAAUAUUUAAAAAAACAAACGAAAACAUUUGCUGCCAAAGAUUAUCAAUCAGUUACGCCGAAUUGGGAACGCCAUCCAAUUGUCGAAAUGAAAGAGGCAGAAAAUAAUGGUGACUUCUUUUAUGGUCCAGUGCAGCAAAAAAAUGGUAGUGAUGAACAGGAAGAAGAUGAAUUUGAUGAUGCACCAGCUGAAACAUCCAAAACUACAACAUCACAGCCGCCACCAAAACAACAAGCAGCACCACCUGCAGCGAACAUUGUUGUUCCUCCAAAGACGAAUAUUCCUACCGCUGCUCCAUCUAAUAAUAAAUUGACUCCACCAGGCCCACCAUCAUCAACAACAGUCUCAUCGGAUCGUUCUCGUUCACAAUCUCCAGCGGCUUCUACUUCGUCAACAACCAUUCCAAUCAAAAGUUCAACGCUACAAACGUCAAAACCACCUACAACAACCGUUCAAAAACCUUCUGCUGCUCCAACAACGUCCGUUCGAAAAACAUCGUUGAGCGAUUUAGAAAAAGAAUUACAAGAAUUUGAUAUUGAUUUAAAAGAUGAUGUAAGCGACAACGGUGAAACAGGAGCAGAAGAAAGAGGCUCAGACGGAGUAAAACGGAGUGAUAAAUUUGAGAACAAUAAUGUGCCGUGUUUUUCUCGUACAUUAGAAAAAAUAUUUCAUUCAAAUAAUACGUUAAAAUGUAACUCAUUACCACUGCACAUUCAAACGGCUCUCGCUUUACAUUUUACAUUUUGUCAUUUGCUAACAACUGGUAUUGAUCCUCAACAAAUUUGCCCCGAACCAAUUAAUGUAUCAAAAUGUUUAAAAAAUUUAACAUUAAACUCUCAUGCCUAUUUGUCCUAUACAAACUUUUUUCCACACGUUCAAAGUAUUUGUUAUUUCAUUGAAAAUCAACAAUGGCAUGAAAAUGUUAAACAAACAACAGCUCAAUUGCAUACGGUUUCUCAACAAGUUCUUGAUACAUCAGAAAAAUUAAAAAACGAUCAGAAAACAAUGUCAGCUAGUCUAGAUCAAACAUUAAUGAUGAAUGAUGAAUUAUUUAAAAAUGCAUUAAACGUUGAAACAUAUUUACAAUCAGCUGAUCAAAAUGUAGACUUAUUAAGAGAAAAAUUAUUUGUAAGAGAUAAAGAUCAAAUUGAACUAAUUCAAAAGAUUCUAGAAACAUUGUUCAAUAUACGUGCAUCCUUAUAUUACCGCGAAGAACAUCUGAUUCGAGGUUUAAGACUAUUAACUUGUGCCGAAUUUUGGCUUAUUUUACAUUUGAUUUGUUUGAUUAUUAUUGAACGAUAUUUGAUAUUCUAUCAUUCAUAUUCCCAAAAUUAUUUGUUCAAUUUAUUAUGGCGUAUCCGUCAAUGUUGGCUUUUGAUCUCAUUUCUAACCUGGUCCUACAUUGGUGUUCGAUAUCAAAAUUAUUAUAAACAAAAUCAACGAUUAAUUAAUGAAAUUAAUCAAAAACAUGAAUUACUCGAAAAAAAUGUACAAAAAUUUCGUUUAGAUUCAAUUUCUGACGAUCCAUCAUAUUAUCCAUCUGAGAAUGAAUUAAAUGAAAGUUCAAUAACAACAGCAACAAAUGAUACCAUAAUGACUGAUGAUGAAGAUUCCGAUUGA